AUGGUUGGUUUCAAUAUGGGUAACAGAGAUAAUAUCUCUUCCAACUAUAUUUGCAUUAUAUGUUCAUUAUUACUACGAGAUCCUGUUCAAUUAACCGAAUGUGGUCAUCGACAAUGUCAAUCAUGUAUCGAUACACAACAUCAAAAAAUAAUUAUAUGUCCAGCAUGUCAAAUACCAACAUCAAUAAAUGAAGUGAUGAUUGAUCGAGGUUGCAACAGUGACAUGCAAUCAUUAUCGAUCAACUGUUUAUUCUGUGAAUGGAAUGGUAUUUUACAACAUUAUCAAAUUACUCGUGAUACAAACGAAGCACAUUAUCUUACUCAACAACAUCAAGAAGCCAUACUCAAUGCUACGAAUCUAAUCAAAUCACAAUUAACUAAUACACAAAUGGACAUUGACUCUUCCCAAACAACAACAACCGUUACUAAUCCUGCCGUAGGUCACUUGCAUCAACAUGUCAACAAUGAACCACUUCGAGUUCAACUUCAAAUAUUGACUGAAAAUAUUCCCCAACUUAAGCAGUCUAUCGAAGACUCUCAUCGCUUCUUAGCAGGAUACAAAAUGAAUCAGGAUAUUCUCAGUCAAGAUGCGUCAUCAUUAAAAGAGAAAAUCAAUGAUCUACAAAAUGUUUCAUAUGAUGGAACAUUUAUAUGGAAAAUUACAAAUGUUAAAGAAAAAAUCGGUGAUGCUCGAUCUGAAAGACAAAGUUCCAUUUAUUCACCUCCAUUUUAUUCUUCGCCAACUGGAUAUAAAAUGAGACUUCGAUUAUAUCUUUUCGGUGAUGGAAAUACUCGACGAACACAUAUGUCACUAUUUUUUGUACUUAUGAGAGGUGUGAAUGAUGCAAUACUCAAGUUUCCAUUUAAUUACAAAGUUUCAUUUUGUUUGUAUGAUCAAAGUGGUGAAGAAAAACAUGUGAUCGAUUCAUUUCGACCAGAUAUCAAAUCAAAUAGUUUUCAGCGACCUCGAUCUGAUAUGAAUAUUGCAAGUGGAAUACCAAAGUUUAUUCUAUUAUCAAUUCUUGAAGAAGAAGACAGUCGAUAUGUUCGAGAUGAUACAAUGUUCAUCAAAGUUAUGAUUGAUUUUUGUAAUAUCGAUAUGGCAUUAUUGUCGUAUGUGUUUAGUCUGAAUCCUGGCCUUCCAAUACAUAUAAGAGAGACAAUGAUCGAAGAGGAAUCGGAGAGACGUCAAAGAGCAGCAAAUGAGAUAAUUGGAGAACAACCAGAUUAG